GUUUCUCUGACAGUAUUGUAGUUAGACAGCAUUGAUCCAGUACAAUGGGGAAGAUUAUCUUCUAUGAGGACAGGAACUUUCAGGGCCGUUCCUAUGAGUGCAGCACCGACUGUGCUGACCUGCACUCCCAUUUCAGUCGCUGCAACUCCAUUCAGGUAGAGAGCGGGUGCUGGAUGGUGUAUGAGCGGCCAAACUUUACGGGAUAUCAGUACUUCCUCCGCAGGGGGGAGUACCCUGAUUACCAGAGGUGGAUGGGUUUCAAUGACUGUGUCAGAUCCUGCCGUAUGAUACCCCAACAUCAGGGAUCUCACAGAAUGAGGAUCUAUGAGCAUUCUGACUUUGGUGGUCAAAUGAUGGAGUUUACUGAAGACUGUCCAUCCCUCUAUGACCGCUUCCACUACAACGACAUCCAGUCCUGCAAUGUGCUCGAUGGAUACUGGCUUUUCUAUGAGCAUCCCAAUUACAGAGGCAGACAGUACCUGCUGAGACCUGGCGAGUACAGGAGAUACAGCGACUGGGGUGCUAUGAGCCCAAGGAUUGGUUCCAUCAGGCGCAUUGCCUAUUGAACCUCAGUAUGCUAAAAGUUUAACAUACUGAAUGUUGUUAAGUUGAUAAAAUAAAAUUCAGCUGAGCUCA